AUGUAUACCGCCGACGGUAGAGUGAUCGAGUUCCGCUCGCGCGACGACACAAUCGGUGCCGCCGCGGGACACUCUCUGGACUGUGGCGUGCAGCACGCUCUGGUCUACCAGCUCAACGGUCUGAAUGGUGCCCUCAAGCGCUGUAGCGGUGACAGCAUGGCCAAGUGUCGCUUUACGACAGCCUAUAGCAGCACCACCGCGCAGACCGCUAAUCGAGCAUACGUAGACCAGCGGAUCGUCCAGAACGCCGAAUGUGUCGCACCCUUCCCGGCGCCGUACUGCGUCACCUACUGGCGCAAGAACAGCACUGAGCCAUACCUCGAUCCUCAGACCCGGCUACCGAUAGACCAGCAGAAUUGGUUCCUGUAG